AAUUAUUAAAAUGUGCGUAUUCUCUGUUUGAAUUGUUAAAAUUUAAAAUCUACUGGGACGUACGAAUUCCUUUUCGACAACCCGUGAAGCCGACGAACAAUGCGAGCAGAUACGCCGGCGGGAGUCUUUUGUUCAUCAACGUUACAUUCAAUUGUCCCGAAACAGAAGCGGAGAUACUCUCUUCUCGCCGUGUAUCCAUGGGAACGUGAGUUUGACUCAGCCAAAUUACCCGAGUUACGGUUCUUAGGGUUAGGGAUUUCGCCGGAAUUAUUACGAGUCUCGUCGCGUCGGAGAUCUUUCGCGCUCUCGAAUUUAUCUCCCGGUGCAUCCUCGCGUCGUCCCGCACCCCGGAAUACCCGUGCGCGUUACGCAUUUCCAAGGUAACGGAAACAGACGACGACGAGGAAGAGUUUUGAUUUCGUCGUUUCGCUGCACCCACGGGUUUUGCGUACCGUGACGAAGAGGAAGGAUUUGCAAAGUCGAAGUUGAACUAGCGAACAUGCGCGAAAUUGUGCAUCUUCAGGCCGGCCAAUGCGGCAAUCAGAUUGGAGCCAAGUUUUGGGAGGUCAUCUCGGACGAGCACGGGAUUGAUCCUACGGGCACGUAUCACGGCGACUCGGAUCUGCAGUUGGAGCGAAUAAAUGUCUACUACAACGAGGCAACAGGCGGUAAAUACGUGCCGCGUGCGAUCCUGGUCGACUUGGAGCCCGGGACGAUGGACGCGGUUCGCUCGGGACCGUUCGGUCAAAUAUUUCGGCCGGACAACUUCGUGUUCGGACAGAGCGGCGCCGGCAACAACUGGGCCAAGGGCCACUACACCGAGGGCGCCGAGCUCGUCGACUCCGUCCUGGACGUCGUACGGAAAGAGGCCGAGAGCUGCGAUUGCCUACAGGGAUUUCAGCUCACGCACUCGCUGGGCGGCGGCACCGGUGCCGGCAUGGGCACUCUGCUCAUCUCCAAAAUACGCGAGGAAUACCCCGAUAGGAUCAUGAUGACUUUCAGCGUGGUACCUUCGCCGAAGGUAUCGGACACCGUGGUCGAGCCCUACAACUGCACACUCUCGGUGCAUCAGCUGGUGGAGAACACGGACGAGUCGUAUUGCAUAGACAACGAGGCGCUCUACGAUAUCUGCUUUCGGACCCUCAAGCUGACCACGCCGACCUACGGCGACCUCAAUCAUCUCGUCAGCGCGACCCUGAGCGGCGUCACCACUUGCCUUAGAUUCCCCGGCCAGCUUAAUGCCGACCUGAGGAAGCUCGCCGUUAACAUGGUCCCCUUCCCGCGACUGCACUUCUUCAUUCCCGGCUUCGCUCCCCUGACCUCUAGAGGCUCGCAACAGUACCGGGCACUCACGGUACCGGAGCUCACCCAGCAAAUGUUCGACGCGAAGAACAUGAUGGCCGCGUGUGACCCGCGACACGGUAGAUACUUGACGGUGGCCGCGGUAUUCCGCGGCAGAAUGUCGAUGAAAGAGGUGGACGAGCAGAUGCUCAACAUCCAGAACAAGAACAGCAGCUACUUCGUCGAGUGGAUACCGAGCAACGUGAAGACCGCCGUUUGCGACAUACCUCCGCGGGGCCUAAAAAUGUCCGCGACCUUCAUUGGCAAUUCUACGGCUAUUCAGGAGUUGUUCAAGAGAGUGUCGGAGCAAUUCACCGCGAUGUUCCGGCGCAAGGCGUUCCUGCACUGGUACACCGGCGAGGGUAUGGACGAUAUGGAGUUUACCGAGGCCGAGAGCAACAUGAACGAUCUCGUGUCCGAGUAUCAGCAGUACCAGGAAGCCACCGCCGAGGAGGAGGGCGAAUUUGACGAGGAGGAGGAGGGCGAGGGCGAGGACAAGUGAAGAUCGUCCCAUCUACGGAAGAUGUUUAUCGAGUGCUCGCUACACCUGCUGCUUCCUUUCCGCUCUCGUCGCUUCUUUACGUAG